GCCGCUGCCGUCGUCGUCGUCGUUGACCGUCGUGACAGGCGGCAUCGUUCGACCGGUUCGUUGGUGGCGAACUUUCAGACUUUCGGAUCCGCAUUUCGGAUUCCGGCUUCUCCUUGCUCCGGCCAGGCUCAAGAUCACCCGAUCCGCUGGUCACGAUCACCACUCCGCUGCUGCCGCUGCUAGCCGCCAGUUCCCAUCCCCGGGAUCGUAAAUAUGAAAGUUUGAAGAAAAAAAAAACGGAAUCGCACCGCACUUUUAGCGGCCACCGGAAACAAAGAGAGUCAAGGGGAAGGCGCGCUUCUGUCGCUGCUGCUGCUGCAUCUCACCCAACCGGCCACCGUCGCCAUCACCAUCAGGUGCGCGCACACAACUCGCGAUCUUCGCGCCCACGCACAUCCGAUCCGCUGGCGAGUGAACCGCACCGAGAUCGAUUGUGCGCCACGAGGUGAAUGGUUUGGAGCGAGAGCAAGAAGUAGAGUAGUGGAAUCGGAGACGUGAAAAUCCUUCUUGUGUCGCUUGCAGCCACGAUUUACAUGUGUUAGAAACCGGGAACACACAUGACCCUUGCCGAGAGGCUGCUGCAGUUGCUGCACGACAUAGGACCACGGACUUGGUCCCAGCAGGUACUACAUGCUGGCCAGCGAAAGUGUUGUCUGGUGCGGGAGCGCGCGCUCGCACGAUGACUGGUAAUUUGGAGUAAAACACGAGUGCCAACCGGCCAGGGGAGAGACAACGACGACGACGGCGACAACGACGACCACGACCACGACGAAGAGGUCCAAGGAAAGGGUUCUAUCUAGCGUAGUGCACAGGAUCCCCGAGCCGGGCCGGGCCGGGCGUAGCGGAAAGGACGCCCUCGUCAUCGCCAUCGUCAGAUCAGAAUGGCCACGGUGGUUCGGUUUUCCACUGCGUUCCACCUUCGACCAUCGUACCAUCAGCGCCAUCAACCGUUGCUAGGUUACUGCAGCCUGCAUUGGCCCCAGUAGUAGUCUCCUGUCUGCAACGUGGAGGCAAAUCGAGCAAAAACAAAAAAAAGGCAAAGAGGCCAAAAACGAAACGAAGGAAAAAGGGAAAACCUCCCUCACACACACGCCACAGCCAGCAACGGACGGACCAUUAAUUGAAAUUCAACCUCGAGUAACAGUGUCGCUGUGUGUGUGUGUCUGUGUGUGUUUACGAGUAUUCCGGCGACAACGCGAGUGCACAGAAGCGCGAAGCACGAACAGACAGCACUCCCUCGCCACCACCACCACCACCUGUACCGGAGGCCAUAACGGAGGAGGAAUGACGAAUUUAAACAAGCUCAAGGUGGUCGUCAUUGGCAGCGCCAAAGUGGGCAAGUCAGCCGUCACGGUGCGUUAUCUCACGAAGCGUUACAUUGGCGAGUACAGCUCAUCGAGAGAUUUCCUCUACCGGCACAGUGUCAUUUACGACAACAUCACGACGGAGGUGGAAAUUAUGGACACAUCGCGAUGUGAUAAACGAGGUUGUCUGUAUGAACACCUGCGCUGGGGUGAUGCCUUCGUGGUCGUCUACUCGAUCUGUGAUAAAGCGAGCUUUGAGGAUGCGGCCGACUAUCUGCAGCAAUUGACGAAGCUGAAGCUGCCCUCCUACUACACCCUGCUGCUGCUCGGCAACAAAAGUGAUCUCGAUCAUGCACGAGAGAUAUCGGUCAACGAUGGGCAGGAACUGUCGUUCCGGUACUCGUGCCAGUUCUACGAAGUGUCGGCCGCCGAAAACUUUGCCGGCGUAUCGCUCGCCUUCCACUCGCUGAUACGGGAAGCACGAUCCACGCAGCUGUUUCGAGCGUUACCAUUGCGCCGGAAGCUCGGUGUGAACAGCGUUUCCAAAGCGCUUGGCAAUAUCUUUGGCAAAAACAGUAAAGGCGAGCGGAAGAAACGCCCAUCUCUUAGUAUAUGACAUUCGACGGUGGCCACCGUAACGGGCUGAAACUGGUUCGCGGUCGGCGUGCCGGAUCUCUGCCCCUGUACAUAAUGGAGAUCAACGAUACUUAGAGAGUUAGUGAUUAAUCAUUGUGAAACCAGCCAUUCCUGAGAGGAGGUGCAUCCUCGUACUCGUAAUCUGUAAGCCAACUGGAGCCACUUCCUUGAGCCACGAAUGGCAAACGCUCGUCCAUGUUUAGUUUUAGAGUGCGCUUCUGUCGAUUGGAAGUUGCAUGACGUUCCUAUUAAUUAACUUACUAAGGAUAACUCUCUGCGACGUACUGUACUCAGAACCAGAUUCCCGCUAAUGAAAGACCACACACUGAGACUCUUUGUCGCGUAUACAUAAACAUUGAUUUGGAUAAGAAAU